CGGCGGCUGCGGCAGGGCUACGAGGUGGAGAUGGAGCAGGAGGUGGGGCACUCCGUGCGCCGCCUGGCCACGCACCGCAACGCCUUCAAGCGCAUGGCCGUCAUCCAGGCCUUCCUGGGCUCCACGCCGCAGCUCACCCUCCAGCUCUACAUCAGCAUCCUGGAGAAGUACGUCCCUGCUGCCCGAGCCGUCCUGAUGGGCAUCUGCCUGGUGUCGGUCACCUACGGAGCACUUGUCUGCAACAUUCUGGCCAUCCAGGUCAAGUACGAUGACUACAAGGUCCAGCUGCGGCCUCUGGCCUUCCUCUGCAUCGUGCUAUGGCGCAGCCUGGAGAUCUCCACCCGUGUGGUUGUCCUCGUGCUCUUCAGCACCGUCUUCAAGCACUGGAUCAUCCCCAUCGCGCUGGCCAACCUGCUGGUGGUCUUCUUCUUGCCCUGGGUGCAGUUCUGGCGGAGCGGCACCCGCCUGCCCGACAACAUCGAGAAGAACUUCAGCCGGGUGGGCACGGUGGUGGUGCUCUGCGCCUUCACCCUCCUCUACGCCGGCAUCAACAUGUUCUGCUGGUCGGCCGUGCAGCUCAAGCUGGCCGACCGGGACCUCAUCGACAAGUCGCAGAACUGGGGCCGCCUGGCCGUGUACUACGUGGCCCGGCUGGCAGAGAACACAGCCCUCGUCGUCCUCUGGUACUUCUUCAAGACGGACGUCUACGAGAACGUCUGCACCCCGCUGCUGGUGGUGCAGCUGCUG